AUGGGUAACACCUCUGCAGAAAUUGUCAAGGAUGAUUCAAAGGCAAAGAGUAUACUUGAGGAAGACGGAAGUCUAAGAGUCUGGUGGUAUGAUGUGUACGAGCGUCGAGAAAAAGGCGAUAUUUAUCUUUUUGGAAAGGUUUAUGAAAAAACCUCAAGAUCCUACAUCAGUUGUUGUGUAAAUGUAAAGAACAUUGAGCGAAAUGUGUUUGUUUUGCCAAGAGAGCAUAGAUUUGAUGACCAAGCUCAACCUACAGAUACACCUGUAACAAUGGAUGAUGUGUACAACGAGUUUUCAGAUAUAUGCGAACAUAUGAAGAUCAGCAAAUGGGGAUCAAAAGAGUGCAAGAGAAAAUAUGCAUUUGAGAUACCUGGUGUACCUGCAGAAGCUGAAUAUCUCAAAGUAGUGUAUGGCUAUGACCAACCUGCACUACCCACAAACUUAUCAGGAAAGACUUUUAGUCGUAUUUUUGGUGCCAAUACUGGUCCUUUGGAACAAUUCAUUAUGAAACGUGAUAUUAUGGGACCAUGUUGGUUAGAGAUCAAGGAAGCCAAACUUAGUGACACUAGUGAAUCCUGGUGUAAAGUAGAAAUCGUAGUAGACAAUCCUAAAACUUGUAACCCUCUCCGUGAUGCACAGGGAAACGAACCUACUCAUAUCCCUCCCCUUGUUGUCAUGUCACUCAGUUUACGUACAUUAAUAAACCCUCAAAAGAAUGUAAAUGAAAUUAUAGCUGCUAGUGCGCAUGUGUGUACUAAAGUCAAGAUUGAUGAACCUACACCUGUGGACAGCCAAGAAAGAAUGCGCUUUACUGUUGUACGUCAACUGGGAAAUAAACCAUAUCCUGCUGGAUUCAAUGAUAUGGUUACAAAAGAAAAAACACGCAAUGGAUUCAGUGUCCAAGUCGAACGAACCGAAUUCUCCCUAUUGAACUAUCUGAUUGCCAAAAUACAUGUUUGUGAUCCGGAUGUAAUCGUUGGUCACAACUUUGCUGGUUUUGAUCUCGAUGUAUUAUUGCAUCGCAUGAAGGCACUCAAUACACAAAACUGGCAUAGACUUGGUAGACUGAAGAGACGACACUGGCCAAAACUACAAAGUGGCCCUGGUGGCUCUGGCGAGUCAACCUAUCAGGAGAGAUUGAUUAUGAGUGGUCGUCUUGUAUGUGAUACUUACUUGGCUGCAAAGGAUCUUAUUCGAAGCAAGUCCUAUCGUAUGACCGAUCUGGCUCAGUCUCAACUCAAGAUUGAGCGUGAAGACAUCAAGUUUGACAAAAUGGAAGGCUACUAUGAACAGUCGGCAUCUCUGAUUCACUUCUUGAAACACUGUACUUUUGAUGCAUACCUCGCAAUGGCUCUCAUGUUCAAGCUCCAGAUCCUCCCUUUGACUCGCCAGCUCACCAACCUGGCAGGCAAUCUAUGGUCCCGAACAAUGACUGGUGCAAGAGCCGAACGAAACGAGUUCUUGCUUAUGCACGAAUUCCAUCGCCAAAAGUUCAUCUGCCCGGACAAGACUUUUAAUGUAAAAUCACAGGCGGCUAUUGUCGAGGCUCUAGAGCACAAUCAGGACGGUGACAACGAAGUCGUACACGCCAAAAAAUCAAAUACGAAACGCAAACCAGCCUAUUCAGGCGGUCUCGUCCUGGAACCCAAGAAAGGCUUCUAUGACAAGUUUGUUCUGUUGCUUGAUUUCAACAGUUUAUAUCCAUCUAUUAUUCAAGAAUACAACGUGUGUUUUACGACCGUAAAACGUCAUGAUGUAGCAGUGGUCGAGGGGGAUCAAGUUCCUGAAGUUCCAGACACAUCUAUGCCUACAGGUGUACUUCCUCGUCUAAUCAAAACAUUGGUUGAUCGCCGUGGUCAAGUAAAACGGUUAAUGAAAGCUCCAAACCUUUCAGAAGCAGAGCGAAUGCAGUAUGAUAUUAGACAAAAGGCUCUCAAGCUUACUGCCAACAGUAUGUACGGCUGUCUCGGCUUUUCUCAUUCUCGCUUUUAUGCCAAACCACUGGCCAUGCUAAUUACCCACAAGGGUCGAGAGAUUCUCCAGAAUACUGUCGAUCUUGCCACAAGUCUUGAUCUGAACGUGAUUUAUGGUGACACUGAUUCAAUUAUGGUGUACACCAAUCAGAGCGACAUUGCCCAGGUCAAGGAAAUCGGAAAUCUACUCAAGCAGCGUGUCAAUAAUCUUUAUAAAUUGCUGGAGAUCGAUAUUGAUGGCAUGUUCAAGCAUAUGUUGCUUUUGAAGAAAAAGAAAUAUGCUGCUCUGCUGGUGGAAGAGAAGCCCAAUGGAGAGCUGGUCGAAACAAUCGAAACAAAGGGUCUUGAUCUUGUCCGUCGUGAUUGGUGUGAUCUAUCUCACGAUGUAUCUGCACAUGUGCUUAACUCAAUUCUGUCUGAUAAGGACCGUGAAGAUGUUAUAGAAGAGAUUCACGCAUACUUGCGUGAUAUUGGAGAACGCAUUCGCCGAGGAGAAAUGACAAUUACAAAAUAUAUCAUUAAUAAGCAACUUACCAAGAGCCCUGAAGAGUAUGCAGACGCCAAAUCCCAACCUCAUGUCCAAGUGGCCAUGCGGAUGCGAAAGGCAGGACAAUCCGUUAGAGCAGGCGACACAGUUCCAUAUGUUAUCUGUCAAGUUUCUGACGUUCCAAAUGGCACAAAAGCAGGAUUUGCAGAAAGGGCCUAUCAUCCAGACGACGUUAUUAGUGGAAGCAUGCAAUUAGAUAUCGAAUGGUAUUUGAACCAGCAGGUAUUCCCACCUAUUGUACGUCUUUGCUCACCUAUAGAGGGAACUGCCCCUGGUCUAUUGGCUGAAUGUCUUGGUCUUGACCCAACCAAGUACAAUAUCGGCUCUCGAAUGAAUUCAAAUGAUCGAGAUAAAGAUUUCGAGACUCUGGAGUCUCAAAUUAGUGACGAAGAACGAUUCAAGGAUUCUGAAAAACUAACCCUCAAAUGUGUACACUGCCAAGAGACUACUGUCUGCCCAACUGUGAUAACUCAAUUUACAGAGGAUGUUGUGACCUGGGGCUUGGAGUGCCAGGGUUGCCAACAAGAAUUCUCCAAAAACAUUAUUUUGAACCAGAUGGUACUUGCGAUACGAUCGUACAUUCGCAAAUAUUACCAGGGCUGGUUAAUCUGUGAUGAUGACACUUGUGGUAAUCGUACACGGAUGAUGUCUGUCUUUGGAAGACGUUGCUUGAAUGCUGGGUGCCGCGGCCUUAUGAUGCGCGAGUACUCUGAUAAAAGUCUCUACACUCAGCUCCUGUACUUUACCUAUAUUUUUGAUCCAGUAAAAAUUAUUCACAAGGCAGCCGAUACCCCAUUAGCGACCCUUACCGAAUCUAUUGUUAAAGGACACUACAACACCUUAAUUGAGCUGAAGACAGAAGCAGAGCGCUACCUGAAUCAGUCGAGCUAUCGCCAUGUAGAUCUAUCUAAAUUGAUGGCCGGCAUUACAUUAUAAUUAUAAUUAUAAUAAUAAUCUUAUGAAGCCUUGGGAUCCACCUUCCUAACAUCUCUUCUUCCCUCCCUUUCCCUUUCAUCGUAUGUUUGUUGUUUUUCUCUAAUAAAAUUGGCAUUUUAAACAUG